AUGGAGAGAUGGAUUGCUGGAAAGAUUGCCGCUAUUUUGGGCAACGACGACGAUGUUGUGAUCGAGCUCUGCUACAAUCUGAUCGAGAGUUCAAGAAACCCAGAUAUCAAGGCACUCCAAAUUCAGCUCACUGGCUUCCUAGAGUCGGAAACGCCUACUUUCUGCAACAAUUUGUGGACAUCGAAGCCGAGAAGGCCGCAGAAGAAUCUCGCCGAAAACACGAGGGCGGCGGGCGUUUUGACCGCCCGCCUCGAGGCGACGACCGUGGCGAUACCUGGCGGGGUGGCGCUGGUGGUGGGCGCCGUGGCACGGAAACACAAAACGGAGGAGGAGGAGGAGGCGGAGGAGGAGGUUGGGGCAGGGACCGUUCUCGUUCACCUGCCGGCCGCGGACGUGAUUUUCGUGAACGGGGCAGAUUUCGGGCAAGACACGAUCUCUACGUUCCCAGUGAUCGUCGUGGCCGCGGUGGUCGGCGAGACGAUGUCCGGCAGAGGAGGUCGCCUAGUCGAUCUAGCUCCCGAUCGCACUCACGAUAUCCGCAGCGGUCUCACUCGGACAAAUCGACGUCUCGUUCUCGCUCCCGUUCUCAUUCCCACUCUCGCUCGCGCUCCCCGUCACGGCGCCGAUUGA